AUGACUGACAACAACCAAGGCUGUAAAAUUACGCUCUACUGGCUCGAGCAAUCCCGAAGCCACCGAAUCCUCUGGCUUCUGGAAGAGCUGAACCUGAAAUAUGAGCUGAAAAUCUACAAGCGUCGCGCCGACAAGCUCGCGCCAGCUGAGCUGAAAGAGGUUCAUCCACUAGGCAAAUCACCCGUGGUGACCAUCGAGGCGCCCGGCGCCGCAAAGCCGCUCGUGCUGGCAGAGUCCGGUGCGAUCGUGGAAUACCUCGUUGACCACUUCAGCAGCGCACGCCCGUCCCUAGUACCACAGCGGUACACACCGGGGAGUGAAGGCAAAGUGGGCGGAGAGACCGAAGAAUGGAUGCGCUACCGCUACUUCAUGCACUACACCGAGGGCAGUCUGAUGCCUUUCUUGGUGAUGACUCUGGUGAACGAUUCUAUUCGCAAUGCGCCGCCUUUCUUUGUGCGACCUAUCACUAGCAUUGUUGCUUCGCAGGUUGAAAACCAGUUCUUGACUCGCAAUGUGGAAGGUAACCUUGCUUUCCUGGAGGAUCAGCUGCGCACUUCUCCUGAGGGUGGUGAUUUUAUCUGUGGAAAGGAAUUGACUGCUGCGGAUAUUCUGCUCAGUUUCCCGGUCAUUGCUGUGACUAUGCGCGUGCUGAAGGACAAGAAGAAUCAGGAUAAGUUCCCUCUUCUCGUCGCGUAUGCCAAGCGCCUUGAGGGAAUUGAGGGAUAUAAGCGUGCUGUGAAGAAGAUUGAGGAGAGCGAAGGAAAGUUCUCUGCUUCUAUGUAA